AUGGGCUCCACUACCAGCAAGGGCGCCAGCAACAAGAUCGGCGGCAGUAACACAACGUCAAGGACACCGGCAGAAGAAGAGGCCGCCCAAAGCCUCCACGAGUUCUGGAUCCGAGCAUGGCAAGAGCACGAUGCAGCCCUCGUUUUGCAGAAGAUGCGCACCGAGACACCGUCCUGGGCACCAUACGUGCCCGACGACCUACGGUCCAGGCACUCGUCACCUACAAUACAGGUAUCGAAUGGGAAGGAGACCCCCAGUCGUAAAGCUACGGCUACUGCUCGUGUUACCAAGGCCAAGACGGGCGUGGUCAGCGGGAGCAGCAGAGCCAACAAAGCGGCGAAUCGAUCCAAGGCCAUUGACACGAAGGUUUCUGGCGCUGGCGCUGGCGACGGCGCCGGUGCAUCGACCCAGAGCAGAGUGGCAAGGGCGGCUUCCCGCGUGCCAGCGUUGACAAUGAGCCUGAGGCAGUCCAAUUCAGAGACGUCCGCUCGGCUUUCGGAACUCCUCAACGGACCAUUGGGAGAAGCAAGCAUUGGUUGGCAAUUGCAGUCAGUGACAAUAAAAGAUACGACGUUCCGCUAUACCAUGUUGACAGAUCCAGACUUGUUCGACACGACAGACGAGCGUGGCAAAGAAUCACACAACCCGUGGGAUAUCUAG